AUUCUUCAGCAAUGAAAAACUCCACUCCUUGUAUCGAGCCAAUAGAAGUAGCUGAACCUCUGCCUCCUAAGCUCAACUCAAGACAGAGAGUGACAACACGACAGACGAACACAUUACCCCUCGACGGCUCUCUAGAAGUGGAAAGUAGAAUCCAGCAACCCCAAUCCACAGCUCAUCCGGCAGCCAGUGUGAUAUCAGUCCGUUCUGCAUCAGAGAACAACAGCACUCUGUUCUCCACUGACCGGCAGUCCAUCUUAGACACAGAACAAUCCUUGCAACAGGAAACUGACGCAGAUCUGCUAAGUAUUCGAACACCACACACGCCAUCUUCUUCUAGGCCGGGUCGGUCAUACUUGGAAACUCGUAGGAUAUCACGUUUGGAUCCAAUCAUCGAGCCCGACAGCCGCAUACCAUCCGCCUUAGCAAGAGAGUCGUCUCGUCCAUCUACAUCAACCGCCAGAGUUCCAGGUACAAUUCUGGUGAGGUCAACCACCCCACAUCCCGGUUACGGUCAGGCGUCAACGUCGACGCUCAGGGAAGAAUUGCCUACGGUAGUCGACAGCAUGGCGUCGGCGCUCGAUGAACUCGCGGUAUUACGGGCCGAGGAAGGUCCACACAUCGAUCCUGACAACGGCGUGCGUCCUAUGAGUAUCUUGUACGGUAACAGACCCUUAAGCGUGCGGCGCCACAGCGCUCAUAGACCGGCAAGUACCCUCAACAGCAGACCUCGAAGUACGAACGUGUGCCGAGCAAGGAGCGGUCUGUACAAUUGGUCCAACUUGAAACGUAGCAGCAGUCACGACCUGUCGCACCUGCCACCUGCUGGACCAGAUUGCCUACCAGGCUGCGGUUACUCAGGCCUCCCAUGUUACGUUUGCAGUUCCAAACGCUACCAAGAACAAUACAAACUCCGAGAGUCUCCCGCCCACAGAACCUUUGGACUCGAAUUUCCAAUUUGGACAAUUUUCCGGUACGGUGGUCAUCGAGCAAGCCGAGUCGACCCUUAUCCUGUACCAGUCCAUCAUCUUAACCUACACCGACGAGGGCAUAACAGAGGCCGAGGCCACGGACCUCCCCCAUCCUACACUUCACUAUUCCCAGAGGCGUCAUGUCUUGGCUUAAAAAAAUGCCUCGAAAUUUGCCGAUAUUCACGAAUAACUACAAUGAUCCUCGUAGUUCUCCUCAUAUUGUCCAUAAUUUAUGUAUUAAUUAUUGCUGGACAUUUUAAGCAGGGAAAGUGAUCGAUCAUUUAUGAUAUGAGUGAAUGUACAGAAGAUUCGGGCGUACGUUUAUAAGUGCCAACCAAGAAAAUAGUAUGUAUAGUUGCUGUCAGAGGAACUGCAUCCCUUAAUAAUCGUUAAGUUUUUAAGAUGAUGUUUGAAUUUUAUUUCCUUGAAAUUACCAGUCGAUGAAAUUAUAUUGAA